GGUAUCUUUUGAGUCAAACUGAUGCCACACGCGUGACGCGACUGAGGCUGAUAUUCGUAAACCGUAAAGAAACAAAGCGCUAAGCAUUGAUAUAUUUACUCUCAUUUAUAUUUCAAAUUCUCGCAUGUUCAAAAGUUAAUUCUCUUCGGAUCAAUUAAAAAAGUUUCUAUUUGUUUUACAUUGCAUUAGAAUCAAAGAAUUCGUUAAAAUGUCUAUCGGUGUGCCAAUUAAAGUUUUACACGAAGCCGAGGGGCACAUUAUAACCUGUGAGACCAUCAAUGGAGAGGUUUAUCGUGGCAAACUCAUUGAAGCCGAGGACAACAUGAAUUGUCAAAUGCAAAAUAUUACUGUCACAUAUCGCGACGGCCGGGUCGCCCAGUUGGAAAAUGUCUACAUCAGAGGUUCGAAAAUCAGUUUUCUCAUACUGCCUGACAUGUUGAAAAAUGCGCCCAUGUUUAAGAGACCGGGCGGCAAAGGUUCUGGUGGUGCUGGAAGAGGGAAGUCUGCUAUACUUCGAGCACAAGCUCGAGGCAGAGGAAGGGGAGCAGCCGCUCAUCGUGGCAGGGGUACUGGUUCUGCACCUUGGUUAAACCAACAAAAUCAGGGCAGUGCACCACAAACUGGCAGAGGCCGGGGUUAAUAAUAAUAAGAGCUGUAAAUUAUCUGAACAAUGGCCAUACAUACCAAACAAAAUUCAUUGUAUUGGUCAAUGUUCUCUACUUUUUAUAAGUACUACCAUAUGUAUAACUCUAUUAUACUUGCUACACUUAGUUUAAAAUAAUUCUUGAUUAAAUAAAUUUUCAACCGUUGUAA